AUGAGUGCUGAUGAUAAAUUGACCCAACCAUCUGCAAUCGGAAAGAAAACCAUCGACUGCCUCAGCAAGGCGUUGAUCACACGAAUUCGCGAGUAUUUGGAUGUACUAGAUCUCAUGAAUGUGUGCUUGGUCAUUGGAGGUUGGAAGGGUGUGCUCAAGGAUCCGGCAAUGCAAGCAUGUCUCGAGAACUAUGUGAGAAAUAUCGAAUGGCUUGAUGGUAAGCUAUUUCAACUUUUUCGAUCUGCCAAUGAGUUAGAGCUUUGCCUGGAUAAAGUGCACUCCAUCCGCUACCACGCCGCUGAGGAGAAGAAGGUGAGGCUAUCACGAUCCCAAUCCGAUGGACUCCCAAAGACCACCACCACCACCACCACAACUACCGCCUCCUCCAAGUGUCCUGUUUAUUUGCGAUUAUUUAAUAAGAAUAGUAUUAGUAGAUUGCUGGUUCAAUGGGAGCAUGAUAAGAUCAUUAAUAUCAUAGAGCGUAGUGGUUUUACAGUCACCGAUUCUCACGCAGUGAGUAAUAGGGUGGCACUCUACGAGGUGUGGGCAAUGAGCCACGGUGUGGCCUAUGGAGAUGUCAACUGCAUCCAAAUGCUGCAUGCCAUCCGACACCACGCUGAUGAGAAGAAGGCCUUUGCUUUCUGA